AUGUUUCAGGUGCGACACAAGAAGUGCAUAAAUCAGAUUAACGAGUCGGAAGUUGCGGCCCACCAGACGUGGAAGCGGCAGCAACCCCGCGCUGUCCCACGGGUUAUCGCCUCGCGCUUACAAAUGUCGCCGAUGCGAAUGGCCGGCCGUUAUUCAUUCCAGCCGGCGCUGCACAAACGAUACGUCAACAACCACCACAACGACGACCACAACAACUACGACCACGACGACGACGACGACAACGACGACGACGACUACUACUACUACUACAACGACGACGACGACGACGACGACAACCACGACGACAACGACGACGACAACUACAACUACAACGACGACGACGACUACAACUACGACCACGACGACGACAACGACGACAACGACGACAACCACAACAACGACUACGCCUGCUACUGCGGCGCGCUGCCGAACGUCACCCUCGGCGCCAUCGGGCGCACCAAGCGCCAAAUCUUCAUCAAUGACCGCGACUGCACGGUGCAGCAGCAGCGUCUCACCUGCGCCGGCGACACCGCCGCCGCCAAGUACGAGCUGCAGCUGCUUGGAUGGAGUAGCACCAUCCUCUACGAUCAGACAGCCUGCACCUCGGUGACCGUGCAGCCGAUCACGUGCACGUACGUCGGGCUCUGGACCUACGAGAGCAGUGAAGUGGCCGCCUGGAAGUGCUUGGCCGGCCCGUUGGACAACUCCUGCCAA